AUGGCAAAAACAACCUAUCAAAGGAUCACCAGUACUACCCAGGCGGAAAAUGUCAGCUUUUUGUCCACACUUUUAUUCCGAUGGAUGAACGAUGUUCUAAAGUCUGGAAAUGAACGGGCUAUCGAUGAAAAUGAUUUUUUGUCUCUUAACGAAGAAUGCACCGCAUGCUUUUUGACAGAGCAGCUUCAGUCGAAAUGGACAGAUGAAACAGCUAACAGCAAAAGACAUGAUAAACAACCAAAACUUUGGAAAAGUGUGUUGAAGAUGCUCACCACCAGGGAAGCAAUGAUCCUCUUUGUAACUGCCACAAUGCUUCUAUUUUGUCGCGUUCUCCAACCACUGUUACUUGGAUAUCUCGUCAAAUCUCUGAUGACGGCCGAGCUACAGCAUCAUUUUCUUCUGUAUGGCUGUACUUUAGCACUCGGGAUCAAUGAAUUAAUCGGUUCUCUCAGUUGGCACCAAUUUGACUACCGCUGUGAGAUCUUCGGUAUCAGAAUUAGUAGCGCCAUUAAAGGAAUAGUGUAUAUAAAGGUAACGAAGAAAACAAAAAACAAGUGACAAGUAGGGACGUUAAGGAAUUUUUACAGCACUAAGCCCUGUGGAAACGGACGCGUUAUUGUUGGCCAGCAACUUACAACAUUGUUAGAUGUUACAUGUCGCGUCUGUUUGCACACCCUCUUGCAUGUUGUUGGGUUCGUUUUCACGUAACUUUAGCUCACAAUCACCCCCCUCCCUAAUUGUUAGGCUUUUCUACUUCCUUCACUAUUACUCCACUCUUCCUAUUUUCCAUCAUUUUUUUUUUUUCGGGCUCAUCCUGACAGAUUCUUUUACUUGAGAAUCACUUAUUUUUUUAGGGAUUGAGCAGAUCACCGAACGCCUUCAAAUGUUAAAUUUUACCGCCAAGAUUCAGUAUUAUUCUUUACAUCACUCUGUCAAUCACAAACGUGUCGUCGUCGACAAUUGAUAUGAACCACCUUCUCUAAGAGUUGGGGAUUGUUGUAAUCAAGCCCUACUCCUUGGUUUUGUUUUAUUUCGGUUUUUUGUUUGUUUGUUUGUUUGAUUUUUAAAUUUAAGGUCUAAUAACUAAUCAACACUCAAUGAUUUGGUUAAUCCUUGACCCUUGACCAUGUAACCUUCUUUUUAUUGCUUCUGUAAAAUAUUUACUAGGAAUACAUGAAUUUUUUUUUGCAGACCCUUCUCCUCAGCAAGGAUUCAUUGCUGAGGAUUUCAACUGGCCACGUGAUAGAUCUCGUAUCGAACGAUGUUCAGCGGUUGGAAGGCGAAACCUUCAUGUUAUUGUUCCAUGCAGCUCACUUCUUUUUAGAGUUUUUAAUAGUAACAUUUUUCGCCGUCUAUUUCAUCGGAUGGCAGGUUAUAGUGGGGUUUAUCUUACUGAGUAUUCUUCUACCGUGCUUUAGUGCACUGUCCCAUGGUGGAGCUGUACUGCGCCUGCGUACAGCAGCGGUUUCUGACCGCCGCAUCUCGUUGAUCAACCAGGUUGUGUCUGGAAUCCGCGCCAUCAAAACAAACGCAUGGGAAGAUGAAUAUAGAAAAAAGAUAAAGAACGUGAGGAGGUAA